AUGUCCACUUCGAGUCCCGGCAAUGCGGGAGCAUGGCCUGCUACCGCCAACGGUGCCUCGUCCGAGUACCCUGAUGCCGGACUGAACAAUGACACCGCCGCCGCCGAAGACAAUGCGCCGGCCCGGCCACCGCCGAGGAAACGGAGGAGGAUCGUGAUCUCUUGUACCGAAUGUCAUAGGCGCAAGCAAAAGUGUGACCGACAGCUCCCUUGCACGAACUGCAUCUCACGAAACAAACAUAGCGCAUGCCACUACGAAACCGGUGCGCCGACAGCAAGACAACAGCAGAGACGCCAACAGCUAGUUGCCCCUACGAAUGGCGCCGCCGAUGGCGCAGACGGUGGUGGAGGGGCCUCCAACUCGGGUUCAGGCUCCGGCUCAACAACCACAGCCACCUCCCCUGACAUGGGCAAAUCCCCCAUCACGUCCUCUUCAUCAACGACAACUCACCACACCGGCAGCGAUCUCUCCGAGCACAUCGCCACCAACGGGGGUAAACCCGUCACCAAAGUCGCGUCUGAAACCUUUGGCUACUCUGGCGCCGGCACGCUCGGUUUCCUCCGUAAAAUCGAAGAGUCCACCACUGGCAACGAGAACCUGCCUCCCCCCCCCGGGCAACCUACCUCGAUUGACCAAACUACACCCUCCAUCUCAGACGGGUUGACAAGAGAGAAGUACAAAUCCUUGAUCCGGCAACUCCCUGCGAGGGUCCACAUCGAGAAGCUAGUUGAUAUUUACUUUCGGGAGUUCAACUGGCAGUAUUACGCCCUCGACAGGACUUUGUUCGACAGCUUGCUCGCGCAAUGGUACACCCUCCCCUUUUCCAUCCUCAGUCAAGGCGGGCCGUCCCAAAUCCCGCUAUCACUGAGGCCUUUUCCGGGGUUGCUGUUCAAUAUUAUUGCUAUUGCUCUCUUGACCCUUUCGUCAGAUGACAGGGAGUUCGAGGGGCUGUUGUAUGCAGGGUUGAAUAUGACUUUUGAGGAUUUGGCGAAUGAUUAUUCUGACUCUGGGCUGCAAGUUUUGCAAGUGCUGGGCAAGAGAUCAAUGACGCUCACGACAGUCUUGGCUGGGUUUGCCAGGGCGAGUUUCCUCAAAUAUGUCGGCUUGGUGACGGAAAGCUGGCAUGCGAUUGGGAGUGCGAUUAGAGAUGCGCAGGAGAUUGGGCUGCACAGGGAUAGUUUGGAUCCGAGGCCUCCUUCUGGGGCGACGUUGCAGGAGGUGUUGGAGGUGCAGUGGGAGGUGCAAAGACGGAGAAAGAUAUGGAUGACGCUUGUGGUUUGGGAUGUGCACAUGGCUGGCGUGCUGGGUCGGCCGACGACGAUCAACCUGACGGCCGUGCCGCCGAGCUUGCCGGUUGAUGUGAAGGGGGACUCGCCGGGUGCCAGCCCAUCGGGGGAGUUGAUGCCGAUUGUGGAGCGGGGGGAGAAUGAGCCGCCUACGCCGUUGACGAGGGCGGUGUGGGCGUAUCAUCUUAUGGUGCCGAUGAGGGAGAUUCUGGAGCUGGAGAAGGAAGGGCCGUGCCCGAGGGAUUUUGGGAGGGUGGAUAAGCUUCAUGAGGAGGUUGUUUCGAUUGAGAAGAAGACGCCGCCUUUUUUCAGGUUGGAGAAUCCGGACACGAGGUUUGAUGAUAGGGAGGAUUGUUACUGGUUGCCGUUGGCGAGGGUUAUUUUGCCGCAGCUGUCGUCUUUUGAGCUAAUGGCGUUGCACAGGCCGUAUAUUUUUACCAGGCCAAAGAGUCGGACGGAGGCGCUCAAGGCGAGUUUGGGGAUGUUGAAUGCGCAGAGGUUGCACUUCAUGGCGCUGAGGCCGGCUUUGUACAAGACAUUCGCCCUCUUCUUUGGCACCUUUGACGCCAUCGUCCUCAUGGCAGCAAUUUACAUCCUCUUCCCCCGUGAACACCCAGAGCUCGUCCAGUCCGCCCUUCAACACUUCCAGUGGGCAGUCGAGCGCUUCGAGGCAAUGUCUGAGCGCAACGCUCUCGCCAAAGCAGCCCUGGGUGUCCUCCACGCUGUCCGUCUUCGCCUCCGACGCUCUCUCGAUUCCGUCGCCAACAAGUCACAAUCGGCCUCAUCCGGCACCAGCCCUUCAACCACCACAACAGUCACCUCCAAAGCCAACCCUUUGUCCCAGUCCUCUUCCUCCACCGGCACCAACGCCGCUGCUUCCAGUGGCGGCGGCCACCACUGGGAAACCCACACCCCGCGCCGCGCCUCCCGUUCCUCAUCUUCCACUGGCGCCGGUAGCGCCAUCUCCCCCAACCCUCUUCAGGUCCCCCUCGGGCCCUUGGAUUUCUCCCAACCGGGAAGCAGCACCUCUGUCACACCAACAACAGACCGCAACUUUUACCCCGGUGGGCAAGUAGACUGGACGCUGCCAAGUGACUUUAACUGGGCUUCCCUUCAACCUAUAUACCCCACACAUGAUUUGAUCUUUAAUGAUUUAGUCGGCGUAGGGGACACAAAUGGGAACGGCCUAAGUUGGGACACGAGAACUACUGUCCCUGGGCUGGGGGGGCUGACUACUGUUGUUGGGGGGAGGGAGCAAGUCCAGCAGCAGCAGGGGGUUCAAGGUCAGGGACAGCAAGGGGGGGUGAACUGGCAGCAGUUUGAGGGUGAUUUUGGGAAUGAUAGCGUUUGGAGUUUGCUGAACCAGUUUGGGCCGAUGUAGGUUGCGUGUAUCGGGUGUUGACUGGUGUGUAAGAUGAGGGUUCUAUGGGUUGAUCUAUGAACAUCGUCAACUGUUAGGUAUGGCGUAUGGAUGGCUAGGUGUGGGUCAAAAAGUGAUUAUGGUAUCGCCGGAGAUUUUGGUUCAACUUUUUGUAGUUUUCAAAGAUAUAGUUUACAUAUUUAUCCUCGUGUCUCACAACAGCCCGUACAAUACUCUCGAUUCAAACCCUGUCUUGACACCCUCACCACCCC